AUCAAUACUUCCUUUGAGGGCUGAAAUUUCCGAAACUCGCGCAAUCAAUUUCCUUUUUACGCAUCACCUUACUAAAUCAUAGACUCGACUACAUUCAGCGCCAUUUGAAGCGAACGGCGGACGGGACCCACAUCUUCAGACUAAUGGAACGGCUCCGCUAUCUAUUCGUGGCUUUCCUUUGGAUGCUCACGGCUGGGAGGGCGAGUGAGCUGAAGGUUUCUCAGCCUGGAUACCUGGGAGUUUCAAGCAUGGGCAGGCCUGCUCUGGAAUGUGUGCACAACUCUGACAAUGAUGCCGAACUUAAGUUAACAAUUCUGAAAGGGAGUGAGAGAUCCACUGUUUGCUCUGGUACAACAUCUUCAUCCAUACAGAUUGUCAGCUCGAGUGAAUUACUUCACUGUAGAUUUGAACGGAUACCAAACAAAGUCUCUGUCAUGAUACAUGGACUGAACUCUUCACUAACCGAUAAUUAUUUCUGCAAGAUUGAGAAAUUGUACCCUCCACCUUAUGAAUCCGAUGUGGGAAAUGGGACAAUUAUCUACAUCAGACCAGAAGACAUGAAAUGCCCUCAGUUUUCAUUCUUGCUGGUCAUGGGAAUUCUAACUCCCCUGCUUCUAGUCUGCAUGGUCUCCAUCAUCAUUCUGAUAACUAAAAACAAAGUGAAGAAAACCAAUGUGAAUCCCGUGUAUGAGCAGAUGGCACCCACCAGAGGGAGAAAAUAGGUUGGUACCAACAAAAUGAUGAUGAAAGCUGAUGGAGGAGCAGCGCCACACAAUACAUUCACUGCCACUUCUACACAACUUACAGAUCUGGGAUGCACACAACUACAGUACCUCUAUGAGUCUGGUUGCAAAUCCUACCCACAAUUUGGUGACUUCAGGGAUUGACUAGGGGAUUGUGAGAUUCAGCACUUCACUAUAUGCUGAUCUUUGUGAGUGAAGCUGUACACGGCAGAGUAUGGAGGCGCAGAAACAGCUCACACAGGUUACCAAACUAAAGAGACUGAAAUCCAUGCACGGGGGCCGUCACUGUACGGGAUACACAUGCUGUUUUGUUUGGGUUGGGAGGUGGGUGCAGGGUAAUAGAUUUGGUGUUGCACUAUUGACUUUUACUUAACACGGGCUGCCUAUUCAACGUGACAAUGCUUCAUGUUCUGGUAUGUAUGUUUAAAGGUCAAUCCCUGUGAGUUUGUUCAGGGGACAGUUUUGUGACUAAAAGCAUUGAUGCCACCUGACCUGCAAGCGUUUGCAACUUUUUCUGUUUUUAUUUGUAAUUAAAAGGUCUUGUAUGUUAAACUUAAGAAGUUCUCUUUUUUUAAAAAAAAGAAUGUUUUCA